CUCUGUUCAACCAGCUCAGACACGAGGAAGUGCAUUUAAAAACAUCCACAUUUACUGUUAAUGACACAUUCGAUCUGCGUCUGUCAACUGUGGAAAAACAAGUGGCUUCAUGCGUCGCCUCCUCCUGAGGGUCUGAGAUCACAUGAACCUGGACUGAGCAUGGAUCAGAGAGAGACCAGAGAGGACGGAGCCCCUCCCUCUAUAAAAGCUCACAGACCUGCUCCUGGGGCCAGCGGGGAGUCACUGAAGAGUGACGGCUCUAAAGGACUAGGAGUUAAUUUUAAAAGAAAACAUGGUCCAGAGAUCCACCAGAAAACUCCUCCAUCUGAACCUGGUCCCAUCUGUGAGUCCCUCAGGAGUGACCGGUCUAUGGAUCCUCCACCUAAGUUUUCCACAGAACCAGUGGAGCAGCAGGGUCCAGAGGUCUCCAGUGGUCAGCACCAUCAGACACAGCUGGACUCCAUAUUUAAGCUUCUGGAGGAGGACAUCUUCACUUUUGUCCAGAAGGAGCUGAAGAAGCUCCACAAGGUUCUGAGUACAGAUUACCCAGAAUGCUUAGAGCCAGAGGAGGAUGAAGAGCAGAGGCAGCAGCAGUGGCUUCUUGUCUUGUGUUUCAGACUGGACCAUGCUGGAGCUCAGUGGUUAACCCCAGGACUCAGAAAGUAUUUCUGUGAUCUCACUCUGGAUCCAAACACAGCUCACAGAAAACUCAAACUGUCUGACAACAACAAGAAGGUGACACAUGUGACAGAGGAGCAGCCGUAUCCAGAUCAUCAGGACAGAUUUGAGAACUGGCCUCAGAUCCUGUGUUCCACUGGUCUGACUGGUCGCUGUUACUGGGAGGUCCAGUGGAGUGGAUGGGUUGAUAUAUCUGUGUCUUACAGAGGAAUCAGAAGGAAAGGAGACAGUGAUGACAAUUUGUUUGGAGCCAAUGAUCAGUCCUGGAGUCUGUUCUGUUCUGAAGAUGGUUUCUCUGUUCAUCAUAAUGACAAACACACUGACCUCCCUCAGCCCUGGUCCUCCUCUUCUGGGACAGUCUCAGUGUUUGUGGACUGUCCUGCUGGCUCUCUGUCCUUCUACACAGUCUCCUCUGACCAACUGACCCACAUCUACACCUUCAACUCCACCUUCAACUCCACCUUCAACACCCCCGGCCCUCACACUCUGCUCCCUGGGUUUACUCUCUUGUUUUCUGACUCCUCAGUGUCUCUGUGUCGCACAGACUCACCCUCCUCUGUGUAAAAUACAACAAAUCUGUACAAAAAUCACUGGAAAUGUUCAUUUAUUUACUUUUUUUAAAGUCCCUGUUUAAAAAUAAAGAGUAAAAAGUGAC